AUGAAUCCUGUUUCACCGUUAACGGAACCUACCGAAGAAACGAAAGGUGCAGCAUGCCCGGUAGAGUCAUCCCACCAGAAUCAGUUGGGCGCUCGGUCCAACGCGGCAGAACUCCCGCGGCUUCCGCCAGAGCUGUGGACGCUAAUCUUCCGGCAGCUGGGGCCGUUUUGUUUGAGUCGCGUUCGCCUUACCUGCACCACGUGGCGCGACAUUGUCUCCAACUCGCGCGCUCUGAUGGACAAGUUCUGUAUAGAAUUAGUCAUUGAUUCCAACGAAGGCCGAUCGGAACUCCAGUCACUGCUCACAGCCGGCAGCGGAUUUAGGCGUGCUACUAUCGAGUUCUUGGACACGGAGAUUUAUUCCAAAUUCUGGGAAGGCUGGCGCGUUUUUGGCGAAGGACUUACCGCCCUCACCAUUUUUGAGUAUCACAUUUCAUUUUUCAAUGUGGUCGAGUUGCUUCGAAGGACGCCCAAUUUGAAGUGUCUCGUGUAUUACGAAGAUGACGAUUAUGGAUCGGUUUGUACCAACACUUACCACGUGCUGAUGCUGGAAGCCUGCACGGAUUUUCGUCUCAACGUGUUGGAAGAGGUUAGCAUUCACUCCUGUUGCAGAAACUCGAGUGUUGAAGUGCUUCACUUUAUAGGCAAGCUCUGCCCUCGGGUGAGGACAUUGAACAUUGUGUCGGACUUUGGCUCCUACGAUAUUAGUGAACACUUCAGCGACACCGCAGUUUCCAUUGCCAACCAAGUACGACACUCGCUACGGGAGCUGCAAUUCAUACCGACGAAAAAUGCCCUGAAGCGGCUGGCAACGAUUGACGACCUUAAACUAGAUAAGCUUACUCUUGAUGCCGAACACGUUUGCAGCUUCGAAAUUGUACAGUUUCUCCGGUCGCAACCUGGUAUUCAACAUCUUUAUUUGUUGAGAAAUGAAAUCUUUCAAAUGGCAGACUUGCUCACAAUGAACAAACUACUACCUAAACUCAGAAGUCUCAAGAUGAAGCACGUGGUCGACUUUCCACCAGCCAUGCUACGAAAACUCGAAAACCUCCAGCUAGUGUACGAUGCAUUCGAGGACUCUACCGUGCGCGGAUUUGAUCUCCCCAAGCUGAAACGUCUUCAAAUCGUCAAUUGCACCUGGCCGAACCAAGCUCUUUCCGAUUUUUUCCGACACUGUCCCAAUAUUAGGAGCGCCCAGUUGGAUUGUUGGUUCGAAAAUUUGAUCGACAUUCUACGAACCAUCAACCAGUCGAACACGCUGAAAGAAUUGGAACUGAAGCCGCUAUUGAAAAACGCCACCGAACCAGAGGAAAUCACCUUUGACUUGUAUGGAUCCACUGCGCUGCGCUCCUUGCUGGUUGAUAACAAGCUUCCCGAAAACGCACUAAUAGCCAUGAUGAAACUGUACCCGAACCUGACGGAACUUUACCUAGAGUAUCGACCCGCCGGCGAGGCCGUUUACCGUGGAAUCUGCCAACACUUGAAAAAGCUCAAUGUCCUCGUCAUCUGCGGCUGCUUGAAGCGAAAAAAAGGACGCAUCACCGAAAGUUGCAGACCGGGCGAGCUGCUCGUGAUUUGCUGUGACAGUGCCACGAUGGCACCACUGGCCCUGUGUGCGGCCCAGGAAGGGCGGUUGCCGUUGAGGCACGUUUCGUGUGGAUUUCUCGCCGUUGACCGGGGGCGCUCUCCUGUUUACUAUUGAUGUAGCAAGGUGGAUGCUUGAUGUGGCCGAUGUUUCUUGAAAAAAUAAUU